UUGUAUGAAAGUAUCAUAAUUGUGCUGCAGAAGCUCAUCCUCAAUAACACGAACAAGAUCGACCAGCUGUCUGUGCCUAGCGAAGAAAUUGAAAGCCUCAGAGAAGUUUCACAUAUAGUAGUUACAUGGGAAGAAUGCAUCGACGCCAUUUCCAUCCGUCGUUCCUUACAACACCUAGCUUCGGUGUGGGCAUCUGACGUUCUGGUGGAAGCGAAGGGGCGUAUCAUUGACAUUCGAGAAGACACGCGCGUGAAAUGUGUUCGUGAAUCCGAACGGAUUGGGAACCCAGCUUAUAAAAGCCGAAAGUUCCUGAGCAUCGACGGAGACUUAGCAGAAAUAUUUAAACCCCCCGACGAUGGCAUUUUCACUCGUUGUAAAUUUGAACGGCUGAACAGCUUCGUGAAAAAGGAAAUGAAUACAAUUUGUUGCUUAGUAAUGUCAUUUUACGAUUGCUGUGUUCAGGUGGUACAGCUGGAUCAAGCUUAUCUGUCUCUGCUUCGUGAUUUAUACCAAGACAUCAACGUGCCAGUCGAUGUAGUUGUCCAGUGCUGUGGCGGCUCAGGGCAUGUUAACUGCUCCCGCGUUCUCAAAAUUUUGGUUGUUGCGAGCCGUCUUGACACGGGCGUUAGUGAGGCAAUCGACGCCAACCGUACCCUCUGGGAACAGAAUUUAAUGCGAUUGUCUGGUGUUUCAGAUAAAUGGAUAAUUCAGAUGGCCGCUUCCAUUUUGCACGUGUUCCUAAACGUGGAAGACUUCAUCGGUCAUUAUGCCGUUCAUCGCCGCGCAUCUGACGCACCUCAAAUGGUUGCCAUUGGCCAGGCGCUAUUUUAUGACAUCGUUCAGUUAGCGCAAGAUCUGAAGGUGAAUUUUCAGCCGUUACAGGACAUGAUUUUGCGAAUCGUCAGCGCACUCGGCCAGGCCUUCAUCUCAUCAGAUCGAUUGCAAAUCCCCGUCAUUUCAGGCCUGUUGCUGCGCAACCAGCAGUGUUGCUCAUUUUUAAUGCCAUUUUUCGAGCCUCAACGGGCUACGGAAGCCGACUAUUGUGCAAUUUAUGCAGAAGUCAUUUAUGCGUUGCCAAAUGCCGUUGUUCCGGUUGAGAUAAUUGAGUGGAUGAUCUCAAAAUUUGACGUUCUGUCGGUAUUGCCGAGCUUUGCUGACAAUUCGGUCAUAUCUCUUAUGAUCCUGACAAUCGAAGCGGGUACUCUGACGACGCAGGUUGCGAACAUUGGCCAUCUUGUCAAAAUGUUUAGCAAAACUUUCGUCGAAAUUGUUACCUUCUCGUUUCCAAAAUAUUUCACCGUCGGCGUUUUCAACGCCCUAAAAGUCAGUAAUCCAUUUACCGGUAUUCUUAUGGAUGCAGUCAAUGUUGAAUUGGAUGUAAGGCAGUACCUCGUUCAGUACCCUGAUGUAAGUCUGUCGAUUCUGCGUAUUUUCCGUAUAACUUGUGUGAGAUCAUCUUUGACUGCCAUUUUCUGACA